AAACAAUGAUUGUUGGUGUUUUACUGUAACAGCUGAUCUAUACCAGCCACUCUCUCCUCACCCCUUGCUGUAUGGCAGAAAAGUUCACUAGUGUCUUUUUCUCCAGCUGUAAAGUUCAAUACUUGAGACAGCCAUACUAAUCUGAAUCAUGUCUUCUGAUAGUGAGGAGUUCCAGUCAGCUGAUGAAGACUUUGAAUUUGAAGGCUUUGACUCUUCAGAGCCAACAAAGCGAUUGUUGACACAGUUCCGCCCACUUCCAUCUUCACCAUCACCUCAGACUACACCACUUUCUAGUGAUGAGGAAGAGGCAGAUGAGAGUGACAUCGAUAAAGAUAGUGAUAAUAAAAACCCACCUUCUGAAUUAGAAUACAGCGAUUCGGUGCAUCAUAUAAGUGCUAUAUCAGCAGCAUAUACACCUGUAGAAGACAAGCCAGAGGAAGCAACAGCUCAGAAAUCAGAUAAUAGAACUGAUAAGGAACUUAAAGAUGUCUUAAGCAGGUUGAGUAUUCAAGAUAUUGUGCAUGAGAAUUUGAAGAGCACAGAAGAUACAUUAACAAAGGAAAGUUCUCCAGAUAAUGAUCCCAUGUAUGAUACAUUAAAAAAUGUACAUUAUGAUUCAGAAAACAAUAAAGAACUGAUAUGUCUUAAGACUGAUGUAGAUGAUAAUGCUAUUAAAGAAAACAAUGAUAAUGAUAGAAAAAACAGUGAUAGUGAAAAUAUUGAGAAAUUUACUGAAAGUUCUUGUAAUCAGCAUGUACUCAAUACAGACACAGUACUCGCUGGGGAAAGGGACCAUAAGCAGUACAAGAAAGGAGAGAAGGAUGGACUUCAUCAUAUACAGAAAGUAGUGAAAGAUGAAAAAAUAAAUACAGAAACUAAGCAAGAUGAUGAAGUAGAAAUAAUACGAAGAGUAGAAAUAAAAGAAACAGGAAGAGCUCAGCAAGCAGUAGUCACCCAAAGAAUGACAGAAACAAAUCAGUCAGAUGAUAGUAAAGUAAGUAAUAAGGGGGAAGGAACAAAUACAGAAUUUGCUGAAAUUGAUUCAGGAAGAAUCUCAAAACCCAAAACAGUUCGUGAAUCCAAAAUUGGCAUGAAAAAACCUCGUGAAAAGCUUGGCGAACGGCUCGGAUCGAGGAAAUUGGGUUCAAGAAUAGAAAAAAAGACUUUAGACAACAUCAGUUCAGAUAGUAUCACAAAGCUUAAAGACUGCACAAACAAAGCAAAUAAGAUAAACCCAGUAUGUGUCGUAGAUGAAGAGGAAAAGCUAGAGAGAGAGGUACUCUUUGGUAAACAAGUGGAUGACAAACACAAGCAGCAAGAAUGGGAGGAGCAGCAGCUGAGAUGGCAGCAAGUUCAUAACCAAGGUGGAGCACGUCAACAAAUUCCUUUAAAAUAUUCUGCUGCUGCUGAUGAUGAUGGUGGAUGGGGAGAAUCCUGGGGUGGCUGGGGUACCACACUCCUUUCUGCUGCCUCCACCUUUACUCGGGAGGUUGGCCGAGGUGUUGGCACUGUUGUGGAGACAGUAGAAGGCACCCUGGGAGUCCCUGAUCCUGAAACUCUAGCUCAAGAGAUUGCAGAAAGGCAAAGGAUGUUGGAGAUUGAGGAAGAACUUUUGAAAGGCAAAGCAGAAGAAAGCCAGGCAGCAAAUAAUCCAGAAAGCUUGGAUAAUCGUGAGACCAAUACAUCAAGCAGUGACAGUGAUGGAGGGGAUGGUAAAAAUUUGGUGGUCGACUACAGCUUUGGUGGACUUUCUUCUAUUGGAUCUCUUGUGUCUGGUGUCUCAGGGGCUCUAGAGACAGCCAGCUCAAAGGUGCUGUUAGGAGGGCUGAAUACCCUGGAAGUCAUUGGACGAAAAGCAAUGGAUGUAAUUCAAGAAGGAGACCCUGGACUGCGGAAAAAGAGAGCUCUUCUCGCCAACAGAAAGCCCAUCUUAUCUCAGGUCUUGCAAGAGGCGCGGCAGCGAGCAGCUAAGGAAGAGAUUGAGCAGCAAGAAGGUGGUUAUGGGAAGGACUCAAAGAACAUAGAUAAAAUCACUUUUGACCAUGCAUGGGAAGUCACUGAAGGACCAGUACAUCUAGAGGCGCUGUCACUGGUUGCAAAGCAGUGUGAAUCAAAAAUGGCUUCUAUGAUUCAGAGUUUACCACAUUAUUUAAUAGAGAAACUUAACACUGCAAAUUUUGAGAUUAAGACCACCUGUGAGCUGGAAGAGGAUAUUGAGCUGGAAGGAGAUUUGACAGAACAGAUAACAAAUAUUGUACCACAGAUUGGCCUUCCAACUCUGUCCCAGAAAGUGAAUAAGGCUUGGUCAUCAGUUGUGGAAACUGCUUCAGUUAUCCAGGAGGCUGGAUUGAUUGAUGGACCAACUGCUGAGCGUGAAUUAUUUACAGCACUAGCUGGCUUAGUGGUGCAGAUAUCAGCUGUUGCUCACAAGGGAGCAGAGUUAUCUCUCAUUUCUCCUCAAGAUGGUCCUUUAAUACUAGCUGAACACUUCAGAGAGCUGAUUAAUAGUGUGUGUGGAGGCAUUGAAAACAUUGCAGACCAAGUCUGUGGUGCCAUCACAGCAGGAUCCUCGGCUGCUGACCCUCAGAUUAAUAAUACAAUCACCAAUAUCUACUUGCAGGCAACCAGUGGGAAACACUACAUGCAUCAGAGUAUGGGUUUCCUGUCAUCAGUUCUGCAGUAUGCCAACACAAAACAAAUGGUUGCUCAACUCUCAUAGUUGAUUAAGCUUAUGCUACUUGCCCUACGAGCUUCCCUGAAUUCACCAUCCUCCUCUGCUGAAACUUGUGAUAUUACUAAUUUAUGUAUAUUGUUUCAUGAAGAUGAGUGCCACCUACAUCAUUCCUAGAGAAUAAUGAGUCCAUGAAUAUUUGAAACAGGGAUAUGUUUUAAGACAUUUGAUAAUUAAAGCAAUUUUAUUCAUUGUAUUUUUUAAUAAUAUACUGUAUGUGUGCCUAAUUUAAAACUUAAUGAACCUAUUUAUGUGUCUCUAUCAUAUAAGAUUUUUUGGUAGCAUUGUUUGUGGCUGUGUUUAUAUUUAAAGGAGAAGUCCUCAUCAUUUUUAGACUGAUGAACAUCAGUGAGACUUGAGAAUAAGGCAGUAGGCACCUACACAAGCAAGUAGUCCUUUAAGUCUUUUUUUUUUUUAACACAUAAGCCAUCUCCCUGGCAGAUCUUGCUGAACAUUUGGGGUUAGUCCCAAAAUGUGUGUGUGUGUGUUACUUAACCCUUAAACUGUGUCUAUGCAUGCUGUAAGUCAAGGACCAAGUUGUGCCCUAUAUAUGUCAUGCAGUUAUGCCUUCAAAUAUGCUGCCUUCUGCCAUUUUAGGUCUUGGCUCAGUUGCUUGGGUUGCCUAUCACCUGACACCUGGGAAACAAUCAAGGACAAAGUGGGUCUAUGUAGUGCAUCUUGGGCAACACUGCCUCAGUGAUACAUGUAAACUAGAAUAACAACAGUCAGGAGUUGUGCCAUGACCAGCUUCCCUGCUAGCAAAUGUAGAACUAGCAGGAAGAUGCCUUAUUUGUUCCAGAUUUUUUACAAUUUCAUAAUACUAACAGUGGAAUUCAGCCAAAAACCACACUUCCAUUUGAAUAUUUAUUAACCUAGUAUAACAAAAUAGUCAAACCAUGUAAAUUAUUUCCAUAACUUGAGAAGUAUCACACCUUGAAAGAACUGUAAUAUUACAAGACUUCUGUGUACAUGAAGUUUAUAGAAAUUAGAAAAAGCAAUUAUUUAUAUAAAUUUAUAGUGAAUAUGCAAAUUGGGGUUAUAGCUGGCUAUGCAUCUCCAUGUGUUUCAAGUACCAAAGCACCUAUUAUCCUAACAAAGUAGUAUAUAUAGUGUUAGACAAUGAAUGAAAAACAAAAUUAAAAAGGAAUCAUUAUUUGGUGUAAAUGAAUUAGAAAACAUAAAUAUAAUUUUUCACCACCUUCAACACACCUUAAAACAUUAAGUUUUCCUUUUGAUUUCAAUUUUCUUUUUGUAGUUCUAUUUAGAUAAAUCCAUGCAUGUCAUAAGAGGUGACUACAAUGCCAGGAGCAAGGGGCUAGUAACCCCUUCUCCUGUAUGUAUUAUUACAUUUAGAAGGAGAAAUUUUCUUUUUUUGUUUUGGGCCACCCCGCCUCGGUGGAAUACGGCUGGUUUGUUGAAAGAAGAUUUGGAGAAAUAAGAUUUUUCACUCUAUGAAAAAAAAGUCUUCAAAAAUUUCAUCACACACUGAAAUUUUUAUUUCAGGCCUUUCACAGUGAAGUGUGUGAUAUUUCUUGACUUUUUUAAAAUGUGGACAACUCUUCUUUAAAGUGAUAGGAAGGUUCUUUGUUGUACUCUUUCUCAAAAAGUCUAGUUACAUAAUCAUUCAAUGCCUGCUCAAUUAUGUAGCCAAAAAUAUUCUUAAAAUUAGGUAUGCUUUAUAUAUCAGCACCACAGCCUGGCUGUUCAUUUUAAGCAUAUGCAUAGUGACAUGCUUAAACUUAUAGCCGGAUCAACUACCAUUGAAAGUUUUCACUGUUGAAUUCUCACAUUGCAAUUUCUUUACUUUCACACAUAUACUGAUUACCUUUUGCUGCAUUCUAUUGCUCAAAGGGAUUUUGCAUUGGUUUAGGUAUUCAAGUCUACAAUAUUUACAAGUUUUUCCAUGCUGCCAGCUAAUUCAGUUUGACCCUGUGAAAAUUUAAUAUCUUUUACUGAGUCAGGGUUUUAAUUUUAGCCUGUUGCUUGUGGAAUGUAUAUACCAUCAAAGAAGCUAGGCCACAGCUUUUGAAAUUUUUUAAACCUAUUCUUCAGCUGCAGCUCUGAAAACUAUUCAGUUUGAUGUUUGAAGUUGAUGAUUUUCUUCCCUUUUGGACCAUGGGAUACCUUACUGCUCCAUGGGAAUGUGUUACUUCUCUCAAGUGGGAUUAGAUGUGAACAUAUCAUCUAAUCCCUUUUGGGUGUUAUCAUAACAUUCAGAGUUCAGUGUGGCAUAAGAACAGUUCCAAGACUAGGCUACAGUUAUAAUAAAUAUGACACCUUGGUACAUCUACUGGGUAGCUAGCCAGAAAUCUUGCCUCCUCUCAAUUGAACUCUGCUGGGUUUGUUGCCCAUCCCAGCCUGGCCUGAGUUGGGUUGGGCAAAUGAAGUAUUCAUAAAGAUAGAAAAUUAAUCAUUACAAUUGGGACUUCCAAAUUAAAGUGCCUAAAAUACAACAGGGUAACUCUUGGAGAUGAACUGAUUGGUGGGAUAUGUCUGCUUAUUUAGAAAAUAUAUACAUUCCACAUAUUUUACUGUUUUGAAAGCAAUAACUCAGAGUGAUAUGUCAACCUUUUUUUAUAUAUAUAUUUUAUUACAGGCCUUGUAAUAAAAUUGAUCACCAACAUGCCAGUUUUAAUUUCAAAUCACUUUUUACUUUAUAAUUUCAGAAUUAAUCAGGAAAUUAGUGUGAAAGUGGAAUGCACUAAGAUAAUGAUAUCACCAACACUUCUUGCUUCAGUCACCUAAUAGUAAGCUUAUUCACUUUAAGUUCCUGUAAGAGUGUAAAGGGGCUAUAAUGCUAACAAAGAAUUCUUAAUCAAAGGGAUUGGAGCUACCUUUGCUUUUCUUGGAUCAUGCCUGGUUACCUCUCAUUCUGUAGGUGCUGUAUUAGUGGGAGACGGCCGACUUGUUGGAAAAAAAAAAAAAUACUAAUACUACUGUGCUACUACUAAUAAUAAAUUUUAGGCUAACUACAAAUGGAGUUAGUCUCUCAGACUAACUUUACUACUAAUUAUAUUCCAAGUGGAAUAUUACCUUCGGGCCUGAGGGAUUAUAUUAAGUAAUAGUCAGUCUUUUAAUUUUUUCAUUUGUUUUAGAAUAUGACUUGGCACCCCCACUUCUUGCUAUGAUGCCAGUGAAGGACUCUUGAUUCAAGGAACUGGAACUACCUUCAACUUCCUUGGAUCAAACCUGACUACUUUCCAUUCUUCAGGUCCUUAUGACUUAUGGGUUUAGUGUUUGCUUUUGAAUAUAAUAAUAAUUUUGGAAUAUUAGGAAGACAAAGGAUUAAAGAGAAAUGUGUCAUUAAAUAUGUUACAGGUAACAUUAACCCUUAAAUGGUCCAAACGUAUAUAUACGUUUUUUCAACAUCUGAAAGUAUGUAAAAAAAUUGUAGAUCUUCUUUUUUGUUUUACAUUUGAAAACGUGUAAAAAACUUUUAUCUACAUUUUUUUUUUUAUAUUUGAAAAUAUGUAAAAAAAAGUAGAUCUACUUUUGUAGCACUACGAAUUUGAACGUCGAUCUCCUUGGACCGUUUAAGGGUUAAAAUAUAAUUAAACACUAAAAAAAAUUAAAUAUUAAAUGACAAUAUGUACUGAAGGAAGGAAGGGGUAAGGGAGGGUUUAUGGGCGAGGGGCUUGGACUUCCAGCAAGCGUGCAUGAGCGUGUUCGAUAGGAGUGAAUGGAGAUGAAUGGUAUUUGGGACCUGACAAUCUGUUGGAGUGUGAGCAGGGUAAUAUUUAGUGAAGGGAUUCAGGGAAACCAGUUAUUUUUAUAUAGCCGGACUUGAGUCCUGGAAAUGGGAAGUACAAUGCCUGUACUCUAAAGGAAGGGUUUUGGGAUAUUAGCAGUUUGGAGGGAUAUGUUGUGUAUCUUUAUACGUAUAUGCUUCUAAACUGUUGUGUUCUGAGCACCUCUGCAAAAACAGUGAUUAUGUGUGAGUGAGGUGAAAGUGUUGAAUGAUGAUGAAAGUAUUUUCUUUCUUUUUUUGGGUCACCCUGCCUCGGUGGGAGACGGCCGACUUGUUGAAAAAAAAAAAACAACGUAAUGAAUAAUAAUCCGAUCCCUUAAUACAUUUAUUGUUAGCAACAAGGACCACCUCCAAGCCUUCACUUACUGGAGAAUAAAAGAAAUAUAAAAAUACUUGGUUGGGUUGUCAUUUUAAUUUUUAGUGAUUUCCAUAUUCCUGUAAAACAGUGAUAACCAGUGAAAUCCAUUUUUCAUAGAACAGUGAAGAUGGACAUUUUGAAUAACUUGCCAGACACUGUAUAUGCUAGGGGACUGAACUGUAGAAGUUGUACACUUGUUUCAUUCCUAAAUGGGGAAGGGUUAUGUAGAAGAAUUUUAAUAAAAGUACACAAAUGAAAGGAAAAAAUAUAUAUCCCUUAAAAGAAAAUAACAUAAUUUUGUAAUACACAAUAAAAUUGAAAAAUGCCAGAAAAAUUAGUUGGAAAGUUAACCCUUGAGAACCAUUUAUUGUACUUCAGGCAGAUGACCGGUUGCUCUCCUUUGACCCAUUUCCUUGUACUAUAUUGUACUGUCACUAUAAUAGUAUAUUGCUAUAUAUAUAUUAGCGAGUCACAUCAAACAUAACCAUAAACUAGUAUAUAACAGUAAGCAAAAGUAAAACAUCUUUCAAAUUAUGUUUAAAAUAGGUAGGGUUUAAGAUUGAUUAAUUGAUGUCAUCAUGGCUGUUUAAUGCAUUUAUAAUUAGGUACAUGGUGCUUCGAGCACUCCAGGCAAUGAACUUACAAACCCCAUGCAUGUUUAUUGAUUCAGAGACCUCUCUCACUUGCAAACAGCUCCUCUUUUCAGCCUUCUGCUUUACUCAGUUUUCACCCAGCACAUACAGGAUAACUGGCAUUGUCAUUAGUCUGCAGAGUCAGUCAAACUGUUUUCUGUAAAAUCUAUGCCAGAACUUCCAGCAAUCCUUGCUGUAGUGGCUGUGGUUGCGUGUUGGACUAGCCAGACUCGCCCAGGGCCAUAUCAUGGAGGGGUGCCCUGUACCACUCUGCAAGACCUGUCAGGUUGUGCCAACAGUCUGUCAUCUAUUGAGAAAUACAGUAACUUCAUUUCUUAGAGAACAUGAUAAUUCUAAGACACUUCAAUAAAGUUGACUUCCUUCA